AUGCGGCGGUUGUGGAAUGGGGCGAAGCAUCUCCUGAGCGGCGGCAGUCUUGGCUAUUUGGCCUCGGGUGAGCCUUAUCAGCCGUUUGGGGAGGACUUUGGGCUUACCAUCUUCCCGGAGUACGUGCAGCUGGGGGAGAAAAUGGCGCUGCGGGGCGGCUACGUUGACGUUUACACGCAAAGAUCUGCGUCCAUCAGACUCAGUGAUGGCCGCCUUCAGCUUCCGCCGCUGCCGCCGCGUUCUUUUUUGUCCUUAAUAAGUCGCAUGGAGCAAGAUGGGAUUGUGCCAGCUGGGUGGCUAAAUAACCAGACCGCAAACCUGUACGAGCCCGGGGACUUUAUCCGCGCACAUGUCGAUAACCUUUUCGUCUACGAUGACAUCUUUGCAAUAGUUUCUCUUGGCGCAAACGCCUUGCUGCGCUUUGUGCACGUGCAAAGUGGGGAGGAGUUGGAUACCGUAGUGACGGACGGUAGUCUCUACAUCAUGAGUGGGCCUGCUCGAUACGUCUAUUUUCACAUGGUUCUUCCUGUGGAGGAGCAGCGCUUCAGCAUCGUGUUCCGGCGCUCCAUUUUGAAUUCGGACGGGGGAUUUCGUCCUGUGACCACACCACUGGGGGACCUCAUGCCGUACCGCUCCACGCAGGUCCUAAAUACGCUGUACUCGAAGCAGAUUGGCGGGGUGCGUGUCACCGUGGAGGAGAAGUACCUGGAGGAGGAGAAGAUUGGCGCUUUUGACACCGCCAGGUGGGUCAAAGGCCUCCACCCCCUGCGGGAUUGGUCGCUGCUCUCUCAACUGGACGAGGACGAGGCCCGAAUCCAAGAGCUGAAGGGCAAACGCUACCUUGACUUGGACCUCAGCUGGAGGGUUGCCGAGCUGCGAGGGCGCUACAAGGCGCUGGAGGAGCUGCUGCGCGUUUGA